GGGCGGCUCGCGCGCGACCUAACGGUCACUGGGACCCUGCCCCUUCCCCGCUCCGCUCCUCGCGGCCGGUACUGCGCCUGCGCCGCGCCGCCGGCGCCCAUCCCUUCCCCUCCCCUCCGCAGGUGAUGCUGCUGCCCGCGGGGACGGGGCCGUUACCGGAGGAGACGGCGGCGAUGGGGCCGGUCCACGCCCCGCCCCGCCCCUGAGCCUAGGGGAAGCGGCAUCGUGGCCGGUCCCGCCGCCCGGCUCCCUCCGGCCGCCAUCUCUCCCCCUCGCCCCGUUCUCGAUGUCUCCCCCGCGGCGCGGAGGCCCCUUCACCGCCUCCCCGCCCCGCGGCUCCCCGCCGCUCGGCUCUCCGGCCGCCAGGCCGCCUCCGGCCCCCGCGCCCCCCGGCUGAGGGGCGGCCCGCCCUGCGCCACCAUGAAGGUGGAAGCGGGGGACAACUCCAUGAUCAACCUGUCGGUGCAGCAAGUGCUCAGCCUCUGGGCUCACGGCACCGUCCUGAGGAACCUCACCGAAAUGUGGUACUGGGUUUUCCUCUGGGCUCUCUUCUCCUCUCUCUUUGUCCAUGGUGCUGUGGGAGUAUUAAUGUUUGUGAUGCUGCAGAGGCAUAGGCAGGGGAGGCUGAUCUCUGUCAUUGUGGUCAGCAUUGGAUUUCUGGGUUCUGUAACUGGAGCAAUGAUAACCAGUGCUGCAGUAGCUGGAAUUUACAGAGUAGCAGGAAAGAAUAUGGCUCCCUUAGAAGCUCUUGUCUUUGGUGUUGGACAGACAGUGCUGACAUUAAUUAUAUCAUUUUCAAGGAUUCUUGCAACGCUUUGAGACUUGCAUAAAAAUAAUGUCAACUAGCCUAAAAAAAUCUCUAAUCGGAAGAGAAGCUUCCUGAAAGUGGAUUCAUCAGUUAUGAAUGUGAAUUCUAGCGCAAGAGAAAGGAAGCUAUGAGGAACAAGCACUACAUAUCUAGAGGUUCAGUUAAAUGAACAGACUGUCCUCUAGUGUCUGAACUGUUGUACUUCUGCACUGCGCCUUAUGUGCCUCAGUCAAAGGCAAGGUGCAAUCCUUGUGCACAACGUUGAGAUGAAGCACCUUGAGUAGCUGCCAGUCAGGUUAUGCUUGGUAAUGGGAUCAUUGUUCUUAUCAGUGUUUUAAUAAAAUAAAGGGACGCUCCUGAGAAUUGCUGCAUGUGCCAAACUUGGAGUUCAAUUCUUAAUUAUCGAUUGGAUAAGCUUUUUGAAAUUGUAGUUAUAGAAGAAUGCUGUGGAUAUACACUGAUCUCAAGUGGAAUAGUAAGAUAACUAAUUUUUGUACUAACAGAAUAUUUCUUUGAGUAUUCUUAUUCAGCACUGAACACAGCACUUGGGUUUGAUUCAAACUGCAGAUAAAUAUGGAUGGGAUUUAAGAACUACAACUAGAGCAUCCCUGUUGCAAUUGCCACAAUCUUAGGAUGACUUAUGGCAAUUUUUUUGAAGAUAAGCACAUUGUUGCUUCCUGCUCUUGACUCUUCAGACAUCAAUAGUUUAAGGAGACACUGUGAGAGAGGUACAAUUUGUUGUAUAUGCAUCAUAAAAUGAUGUUUUCCUUAGAAUUAUUCUGUCUUAAAAUUACAGAUGGUUACCAGCCCUUCUGAAAACCCUAGAAAGGCUACCUGCUGCAAGUAAGCUCCCUUUAUUUGCUUAAGUGCUGGUAGGACUCUUAACCCUACACUUUUUUUUUUUUAAAGAACAGGCACAUGUAACACAGGCUUUAAGAAAGUUCACCUAUGAUACAAAUGGAAAGGAAUAAAGAAAAGAUAUACCAGUUUUCUACAGAACAAAGGCAUUUGUUUAAUAAAAUAGUUAUCUUACUUCAAAAGUUUGGAAGCAGGGCAGCACUGAUGUAUUUACUACCUUGUUUCUGAACGCUUUGUAUUCUUGGAAAGGUUAAGAUACCUGGAAAUUUCAAUUACGUAGCUUUCAGUAGAUUUUUUUGUGCUUUUCUAGUUUAAAAGGAGCAGUAGUGUUGUGCAUGUGAGAUGUCUUAAAUGUGAAUGUUUGGAGUGAAUAGAAAUUUUAAUGCUAUUUAUGAAGUGCAAAAUUUAAAGGGCACGAUGUUCUGUGUGAGGAAUAAGACAUCUUUUACAUCUUUAUUCAACUGGAUAUUUUUCAGGAGUUGGUUAUUAAUGCUGACAGGAAGAGUAAAUUGCCCAAAGGUUUUGCUGUUAAGAUGUCAAAGAGACUCUUGGAACUGUUGAUAUCGUUGGCAUCUGCUGUACAGCUAAAAGAAUAUGGUUCAAAUGCCAGUUACAAUCAAAAUGCAUUGCUUAGUGCUUCAAAAUAUUACAGUGAAUUUACUUACUUGCCAUUAUUUUCCUCCACAUAAGCUGUUGAGCUUUUUUACAUGCUGAGGAUGCUAAUAAUUCUUUUGUUUAGAAGUAUUGUCAGAUUUGUUUUGUUGGUUUUUUUGGAAACAAAAAUGUACAAAGUUACAGGCUAUGAAGGGAACAAGAUAAAAUAGAGAUUUCUAAAUGUUUUUAAUGUACUUUGGCUUUGAAUUGCUUUAAUAUGUGGCUGAAUGCAUAUAUUCUCAUUACUUUGAAUGUGCUCGACUUAUUUUUCAUGGUUUAAUUUUUUUUUUUUUACUUUCUGCUGGUAGUUUUUGAGAUAACAAUCAUUGCACUUUAGACAAUUAAAUUGUUGCAUCUGUAAAAAGGCAAUUUAAACUUCUCCCCAUUGUUUUAUGAUAUGGGAACAAACGGUUUCAGGUAUCUAAAUCUAAUGGAAUAAUAAAAAAUUGAACAUAUUUCUCCUAAUGUGCCUUGCUAUAUGUAUUUUUUUAGGGGAGAAGAUUAAAAAGGUUCUCUUCGUUCUUGUUCUAUUUUUGGUAUUAUGAAUGAUUUAGUUAUUUGAUAUAAUGUUUUAUUCAACAGACAUUAAAACAUUUGUUUGACAACUUGGACAUAUUUGUCUAGAUCAAAACCAACUCUCUCACAAAGCAUUGUAUUCAGUAGCUUAAAUUGUCUUAUGAUAUUACCUCACCCUUAACUUCUUCCUUCACACUUUCUAAAGUUCAUUGAGCAUCUCAGUUCUUAUUUAUUAUGUGGGAUUAUUGUGGUAUUGCUGUUCAAGGACUUGUUGUCUUUCACCACUUUAAACUGUCAGACUACUGCUAACAUGAGCAAUGUAUGUAACUAAUAAAACUUUAUUGAUUAA